AUGCCAAUUGCAUUUUCUGAUAUUGAGACUAAAUCGAUGGAUGACUGGUGGAAGUUCAGACUCACGCUAUCCGUUGAUACACAAAGCUCUUUUCAGUAUGCAAUAGUAAGUGAAGAAACAUACUCACUUCUGUAUGGCAACGCAAGGCCUGAAGGAAAUGAAAGGGAAGAUAUCAUUUCCUUAAAGUUUAUUGGUUCUGAUGUUUUCAAAAAUCCCCAUAUUUAUCCCGUUAGUGUUGGUGAAAGUGUUGAAAAUGGCACUGUUGAAUUGCAUAAUCUCCACUUGCUUCAGAAGUAUGGACUAUCUUUUGGAGUCGAGUUUUGCGAAGUUAAGAGGAUCAGGAAGGUACUUCCAUUGACAAGAAUAUAUAUUUCAUUUCCAGAGGAAGUGUACAAUAUUCUCCGUGCAAUAUCAACCAAUAAAUUCAGGCAACUACUUGCUGAUGAAGUAGAUUCGAAUCCUUCCAAAGUUCUCAUCCAUACAGGCGAUUGGUUCAGACAACUUCAUGGUGACGUUUUUAAAACUGAACCAAUCAAGCAGGGAUACAUGAUUAUGGCAACAGAAAUUGUUGUUGUGAAAAGACAGCAUAAUAUGUCUAGUCAAACUGAGGCUCAAUGUGAUUCUGAGAGUUUGCUAGAGCUCAAUUCAGACAUCCUCGAUUUUUCUAUCAGUAAUGAGUCUGGCCACAAGUACAAGUUUUCAGUUGUGUCGUUGAGGAGAGAUUCUCUCAAAAAAUAUGUUAAGCAUGAUGAAGCUGACCAGUAUAGCAAAGAGGACGAUGAAUAUCACGCAUGCCUUAAAGUGUCUGAUAUGCUAAAGAUGAAUAUUUUGUACGGAGACUUUGUUAAAGUGUCGACAAACGGAAAGAAGGUGUGUGUACGAAUUUUUCCAUUUGUUGAUCCAAGUAGUGUCCAAUCUGGAACCAUUCACUGCUCACCUCUUUUGCUCUUAAAUUUAGGGUGGCCAUCAAUCGUAAGUUUAGAGCCAAUGGGUUCAGAUCAUUAUCUGGGGAGCACACUAUCGGAUCUUUUUCCGAUUGCAACUUCGGUAACAAUUUCAAGAGUGGCAAUGCCGAUAACAUUAGAUCGCAGAGUUCAAAGUUUAGCCCUCAAGAGUUUAAUGCUUUACUUCAAGGAACGCCGGCGUGUGAUUUGCAAAAAUCAAUUUGUUGGAGUCCCAAUUGACACCGACUUGGGAAGAACCAUGUUUGAGGUGAAUCCAGAAGAAGAUAUACCCACAGAAUUAAUCGUAUCUACGAAGCCAGAUGUGAUUAUUUGGUACAAAAUAACUGCCGCUGCUAUCCAGACUGAAAAGGCUAUUAGUACAGACAACAUUUCUGAUUACCGAAUGUGUACUGUUGUUCCAGACAGCACAAGACUGUUACAGGCAGGUCUGUUGUCAGAAACAAUUCCAACAUCCGGGUGGUCAAAUAACACUCUGGAUGCUUAUUUCAACAUUCCCAGAGUAUUUACGUACCCAUCGGACACGACAAAUGGUUCUGGUACGUUUUCAUACGCGGAAAAGCUUAGGAAGAUUGUCAAAACGUCAUUUAGGAUCCAGGAUGAAAUUUCACUUGGGGCAAUGAUACUACUUAAGAGUACUGUUCGAUGUGCGGGCAAGUCUACAUUGAUGAAAAGUGUUGCAAGUGAGAUUGGAGCCAACUUAUUGAUACUUGACGGAUAUGAUAUUUUAACGCCGGGAUCACCUGGUAAGACAAUCGGUACAUUACGAGGCAAAGCAGACCGUGUUGUGGAAAGUUGCUCAAAGUUAAUCAUUUUUAUCAAACACAUCGAGGCUUUAUCCAGGAAAACUGAUCCACAACAACAACAACAACAACAACAAAGUAGGCAGGCGAACACACUCUCAUUAAAGCUUUGUGAAACCAUGGUAGAAUAUUCAAACAAAGGUGCCAUAAUUGUAUUUUCAUCGAAUGAUCCUGACUCUAUCUCGGAGGUUGUUCGUUCCCAUGUAGAGUUUGAAAUCAUGGUUGGUGUACCAAAUCAGCUAGAAAGAGAGAUCAUGCUCAAAAGUAUGAUUUCUAACAUGAACGAUGAUGAUAAUCAUUACGUGAUGGAUAACGAUGUGUCAUUAGAAGGCCUUUCGAUCAAGAGUGCCGGUCUCUCUAUUGGUGAUUUAAGUUCGGUUGUUGAAGAUGCCAAGAACGGAAGUAUAGAUAGUGCGGAGAAACUUGCGGAGGAGAAUGAAAUUUCAGUUGAACAACUGGUACAACUAAAUGAGGGUAGCUUUAGAGUCACACUAGAGAAUUUUGAGAGUGCCAUUAAUAAAUCUAGGGCCAAGAACAGUGAUGCGAUUGGAGCACCACGGAUUCCAGAUGUGAAGUGGGGGGAUAUCGGUGGUCUUGAAAAUGUAAAAGGUGAAAUAUUGGACACCAUUGAAAUGCCAUUGAAGCAUCCGGAAUUGUUUGGCGAGGGUGUGAAAAAAAGAAGUGGAAUAUUGUUUUAUGGACCACCAGGUACUGGCAAAACGUUGCUUGCCAAAGCCAUAGCAACCAACUUCUCGUUGAACUUCUUUUCUGUGAAGGGACCAGAGCUCCUUAAUAUGUACAUUGGAGAAUCUGAAGCAAACGUGCGGAGAGUGUUCCAGAAGGCACGUGAUUCGAAACCAUGCGUUAUAUUCUUUGAUGAGUUGGAUUCAGUUGCUCCAAAAAGAGGAAAUCAGGGUGAUUCUGGUGGUGUUAUGGAUCGAAUAGUUUCCCAGCUACUUUCAGAAUUGGAUGGUAUGAGCAGUUCUGGUGGUAACGGGGACGGUGUUUUUGUUGUGGGUGCAACUAACCGUCCAGAUCUUUUAGAUGAAGCUCUUUUACGGCCUGGAAGGUUUGAUAAGAUGCUUUAUCUAGGAAUUUCAGAUACUCACGAGAAGCAGGCGAAGAUAAUUGAAGCAUUAACUCGAAAGUUUAAACUUUCAGAUGAUUGUAAAGCACCCGAAAUAGCUGCUAUGUGUCCAUACAACUAUACGGGUGCAGACUUUUAUGCUUUAUGCUCUGAUGCAAUGCUUAAUGCAAUGAUUCGAACCGCCGGUAAAGUUGACAAAAAGGUGGCUACGUUUAACAUUGAAAGAAAUUCAAAAGGUGAAAAGCCGGUAAAUACGAGAUAUUGGUUCGAUCAUAUUGCCAAAUCAUCUGACACAAGUGUUACAGUUACAUUGAAAGAUUUUGAGAAGGCCAGGAAAGAGAUGGUCUCGUCUGUUAGCACAGAGGAGUUGAAUCAUUAUCUUAAAGUGAGGCAGGAGUUUGAAGGGUCUAAGAGUGGAUAA